CCUCCCUCCUGCUUUUCUUUACGGUUGAGUUUCUUCUUCCAGUGUGUCUGUGUAAUGGCGCUAUUAACAGCAGUAGAGCCGCUCUGAAAACAGGAAGGAGUGAAAAAAAACUAAAACUGGAUUUACAAUGCUAUAAGUUCCCACGGGAUCGGUGUGCGUUAUAACGUUGUUUUUUUUAUUAACUUUUUAUAUGUAUACAUUUAUAUAUAUAUAUUAAUUUCACAUGCCAAAAAUGGAAACUGCGCGGGCUCUGGUGGUGGAAGCUAGGCAGGUUGAUGAUAGUUCUUCGCCAGCGAUUGGGACAGCUGUAUCGGACUCUGAAAUUGGCAAAAUGAGUAGCAAGUUAAAAUGCAGCAGCAGCUCUGUUGUUACUGUUACUGGUGCUGUAAAAGCAGAUUACGAUGGAGGCGGUGGUGGAUCGAAAGCAGAGAGCACGGAGUUGCGAGUGGCUUCUGCCCCGUUCCUUAAUAUUUCAAUCGGGAAUGGCACUCAGCAGGUCCCGGCUGCCUGUGCUCGUAGUACGGCUGGCAGUUUAACAACCAACACCAACUCGCUGCUGCUCAGAAGGAGACGACUGAAGAGGAAUCUCUCCGCUGCAGCUGCAACCUCGACACCUUCUGUUGCUGCCGCUUCUCCCGACGCCUCCUCCACAUCAACACCCGCUCUAUCUUCAAACCUGAACACCCGGAGCCUGGACAGAAAGAUGCUACGCCGGCACAGGCAGGUGAUGCAGCUCCAGUCGUCAGACAGGGAAUGGGUGAGAGCGGAUCUGCAGAGAGGGUGCCUGCACGUCCAUGACAGGCUGAUGCCCUCCUAUUUUAGGCCAGUCCUGUGUACACUGGAAAGCACCGCAGGAGAGGUGGGGGGCAGAUUGAGCCAGCAGGGCAGCAAAGGUGGGGCAGUGGUGAAAGUGAUCGGCAAGGGGGCCAAUGUUGCAGAUAGCACCAGCAGAUUGAAGAACGGUGUUGCUUUCUCCAGGAUCGACAGUGCAAACGCACGAACAAGGGCUUCUGAUGCGGUGAACAGCAAUGCCAAGUCGGGGCAUUUGAGUUUCGUAAAAAACGACGAUUACAUAAACGGACAGUCAGCCACUUUAAAUGGCAGACUUAGAUUGCCAUUAGAAAACACUAGCCAUAGGCAACAACAGGAUACAGGCUUUUUAAGAUUGGGUCCAUUGUCUGAGGAUAAAACUUUAACCAGUCCUUCGGACAUGCAUGUAACUGCCAAUUUUGGAUUGAUAUUAGACGGCCCUGGCACAAGAUUAUUACACAACGAGGUAAACACUUCUAGUCUAAAAAACUUUGCAUCGAAUUUUGAAUGCACCACAUACGAUGAAGUGAGUGGUACAGUUUCUAUCAGCGGGAACCCGGAUUCCAUGACUGAGGGCAUGGUGUUGGAUACCGAUAGUUUCAGCCUGACCCCAACUGUGGAUAGUGCAACAGGAGGACUGGAAGCAUUUGGCAGUUCUUCUGAUGAGCCGGAGCUGGACUGUGCAGCCGCCAGUGUGGUUAUAAACUCUACUGCCAGACAGCUGCCAUCUCCAGACAUUACUAACGUAAACAGACCAUGUGACAACGAAUCCCCGAACGACGAGGCGAACAAUAAGAGGGGUGUCAGAUAUGAAACACCGAAUUAUAGCAGGCUACUAUCUUGUAAUUCUGUGGCCCGGCCGUGCCAGACGGGAAACGUGUCAACUAGCCAGGUAACUAAGUACCCUCGCACUUUGACAGCCGCACCACCAUCUGAACAUUAUUCCAUUCCAACGCUGUAUGUCCAGCUGCAUGGGGAAGCUGUGAGGAGGCUGGACCCAGGCGAAAAGCCCCUUCAGAUACAAAAUGACUACCUCUUUCAACUGGGAUUUAAAGACCCUUGGAGAGUCCAAGAAGAAGGCAUGGACUCCGAAAUAGGCUGUCUGAUCCGGUUUUAUGCAGGGAAACCUCACAGUAUUGAAACCUCAGAGCGGAUUCAACUCUCUGGGACCUUUAAUGUUCGGAAAGGAAAGAUGCAGCUCCCAGUAAACCGGUGGACCAAACGACAGGUUAUCUUGUGUGGGACUUGUCUCAUAGUGUCAUCUGUGAAGGACAGCCAGUCGGGGAAGAUGCACAUCCUCCCUUUAAUUGGGGGAAAGGUGGAAGAAGUGAAAAAACACCAGCAUUGCUUGGCCUUUAGCUCGACUGGGCCCCAGAGCCAUACCUACUACAUCUGUUUUGAUACCUUCACAGAGUACCUGCGCUGGCUCCGACAGGCCUCAAAGAUUGUGUCCCAGCGGAUCAGCUCUGUGGAUCUGUCCUGCUGCAGCCUCGAGCAUCUACCUGCUAAUCUCUUCUACAGCCAGGACCUGACGCACCUCAAUCUCAAGCAGAACUUCCUGCGGCAUGAUCUUGGACCUGUCUCCAGCCGCGGCCUGACUGAGCUGCAGAGGUUCUCAAAGCUGAGGAGUCUCAAUCUGUCCAAUAAUCACUUAGGGGACUUCCCUCUUGCCAUCUGUGAUAUCCCAACGCUGACAGAAGUGAACCUGUCCUGUAACUGUCUCUCAAUGGUGCAUGCUGCUGUAGGGAAUAUGCACAACCUGCAGACCUUUUUGUUGGAUGGCAACUGUCUACAGUCCCUCCCCAUGGAGCUGGAGAAAUUGCAGCACCUGAGUUACCUUGGCCUUUCCUUCAACGAGUUCACAGAGAUCCCUGCGGUUCUCGAGACGCUCACUGUCAUGGAGAAACUCUGCAUGUCCGGGAACAAUCUCCACACUCUCAACCUCCAGACUCUGCAGCUGCUUCACGUCAAGCACGUAGACUUGAGGCUCAACAAGAUCAGGAGGGUGGUUCAGGAGGAGCCAGACUUCCUGCAGCACAUCACCCAUCUGGAUCUGAGGGACAACCACCUGCGCCAUCUGGACUCCACAGCAUUCACAAAGCUUGAGGUGCUGCACUGCGAACGAAACUACCUUGCUGCUCUUAAAGUCAGUGGAUGCUUACUGAAAGGACUCUACGUAUCAUCCAAUGAACUAUCUCAGCUGGAAGUUUAUCCAGUACCCAGUUUCCUUACAUACAUGGAUGUUUCUAGGAACCAUCUGGAGAGCUUGCCUGACUGGGUGUGUGAGAGCAAAAAACUGGAAGUGUUGGACAUUGGCCACAACCAGAUCUGUGAGCUGCCUGUUAGGCUGUUCUGUAACAGCAGUCUGCGGAAGCUGCUGGCCGGACACAACCAGCUGUGGAAACUCCCCGAGAGACUGGAGCGCACCGGGGUGGAGGUUCUGGACGUGCAGCACAACCAGCUCCUUGAACUGCCCUCCAACCUCUUUCUGAAGGCAGACUGCUUACGAUGCCUGAAUGCCUCAGCCAACAAGCUGGAAACACUUCCUCCCUCCAGUGUGUCCGAGGAAAGCCACAGCAUCCUGCAAGAGCUCUAUCUGACCAACAACCGCCUGACCGACAAGUGUGUGCCAUUGCUGACAGGGCACUGUCACCUGCGGGUCUUGCACCUUGCGUACAACCACAUGCAGAGCUUUCCAGCCAGUAAAAUGGCAAAGCUGGAAGAACUGGAGGAAGUGGAUUUUAGCGGGAACAAACUGAAAGCCAUUCCGACCACCAUCAUGAACUGCAGACGCAUGCACACCAUCAUUGCACAUUCAAACUGUAUCGACGUCUUCCCUGAAGUCAUGCAGCUCAUGGAAAUCAAGUGUGUUGACCUGAGCUGUAAUGAGCUGAGCGAGAUCACGUUGCCUGAAAACCUGCCUCCAAAACUGCAGGAACUAGACCUGACUGGAAACCCCAGGCUGGCCCUGGAUCACAAAACCUUGGAGCUGCUGAAUAACAUCCGAUGCUUUAAGAUUGACCAGUCCCCCAACUCCUUCUCAGCCAGCGAUGCCCCAGGUGCACCAGCAGUCUGGAGUCAUGGCUACACAGAAGCCUCUGGAGUGAAGAACAAGCUGUGUGUGGCAGCCUUGUCGGCCAACAACUUGUGUGAUAACCGAGAAGCUCUGUACGGCGUGUUUGAUGGGGAUCGCAAUGUGGAAGUGCCCUGCCUCCUGCAGUGUACCAUGAGCGAUGUCCUGGCGGAGGAGCUUCACAAGUCCAAGAGUGAAGAGGAGUACAUGACCAAUACCUUCCUCGUCAUGCAGAGGAAACUUGGGACUGCUGGGCAGAAGCUGGGCGGCUCGGCAGUCCUGUGCCACAUAAAGCAUGAUCCCAUGAACCCCGGAGGCUGUUUCACCCUGACCGCCGCCAAUGUUGGAAAGUGCCAAGCGAUUCUCUGCCGAGAUGGCAAGCCCCUGCCCCUGUCCACGGUGCACACAGUGAGCUGUGAGGAAGAGCUACAGAGGAUUAAGCAGCACAAAGCCAUAGUCACUGAGGACAACAAAGUAAAUGGGGUGACGGACUCCACCAGGAUUUUGGGCUACUCUUUCCUUCACCCGUCAGUUGUCCCACGGCCCCACAUCCAGUCGGUCACUUUGACACCUCAAGAUGAGUUCUUCAUCCUGGGCAGCAGAGGCCUGUGGGACAGCGUGUCUCCUAGCGAGGCAGUGGAGGCGGUGCGAAAUGUCCCGGAUGCCUUGGCAGCCGCCAAAAAGCUGUGCACACUGGCGCAGAGCUAUGGCUGCAACGACAGCGUCAGCGCUGUGGUGGUACAGCUCAACGUCACUGAGGAUUGCUUCUGCUGCUGCGAGCUCAAUGGGGUGCCACCCCCCAGCCCGGGCAUCUUCCCACCUUCGGUGAGCGUGGUCAUCAAGUACAGGCCAGCACAGGCAGACACGCUGGGCAUGCCCUCCUCCAGCAGUGGAAUGGCGUCUGAGAUCAGCAGUGAAAUCUCCACCUCAGAGAUGAGCAGCGAAGUAGGCUCCACAGCUUCGGAUGAGCCCCCGCAAGGAGCUAUAAUAAAUGACCACAGUGGCUCAGCCUGCCCCAGUGAACAGCGCUGCUGUACCCUGCACCCUGUCUGCCUCUCAGGCUCCUUCCAGCGCCAACUCUCAAGCGCCACCUUCUCCAGCGCCUUCUCAGACAAUGGGCUGGACAGUGAAGAUGAGGAGCCCAUCGCCGGCGUCUUCUCCAAUGGAAGCCGAGUGGAGGUGGAAGUGGACAUCCACUACCUGCGGACUAAGGAGAAGGGGCUCGCCUCCCAUCCUCCUCCCCCUGAGGCCUGCGACGAGGGCAUCGUGAUCAGUGCCAAUGAGGAAGAGACGACAGGCAGCGGCAUGGUACCUGACAGGACUCUGCUGAUUAAGCUACAGAGUGACAGGGGCUGGGCUGGGAGUCUGCGCAGGAAGGGGGAUGACUGCUGCAUGGGCAGGAGGCGUGGCAACGGCUCUGUUGCCCCCUCGCAGAAGAGCCACAAUCUGAUUGAAGUGGCCACAGACGCCCCCACCAAAAAGACGGGUGGCUACUUUGCAGCCCCAGCCCAGCCUGACCCGGACGACCAGUUUAUCAUCCCUCCUGAGUUGGAAGAAGAGGUUAAAGAGAUCAUGAAGCAACACCAGGAGCAGCAGCAGAGGCAGUGUCAAGCGGACCAGAUGCCAGACUACUACGACACACCUCUGUGAUGCUGCACAGAAAGUUUAAACUCAUUUUUACAGUACCUACCACCCCCAAACACACUAUUUUUUUUGUAAAAUUCUCAAAAAAAGAAAGAGGAAUCAACACUAGUUUUUUUUUUUUGUUGUUGUUGUUGUUUUGUUUUUAUUAAUGUUAUUACUUUACAGUAUACAGUAAUUCAGUUUUAUUUUUUCCGUACCUUAUCAUUUUAUGUAUAAAGAAAACAACUUUUUGUUGCAGGGGAGCAGUCAUGCUGAAUCAUUUGUUUGUCUGAAAAACAACAAACAGUAUAUGACCAUGCUUAACUAUUAAUAUAGAUAGUGCUUUUAAUAAGGUUAUUUCUUAAAGCAUGGCUUUUGGUCUUAAAAAGUCAUAGAAAUUUGUAGAAAUGUAAAGACUAACUCCUAGGAGUUGCUUAACUCUAAUGUGACUUAGUCACUGACAUUUACUAAUCUUCUCUGAGAGAACAGGUGAUUUUCCAAUUAUUGUAAAUAUAAUAAGUGUUGUAUAGUGAUGCCUAAAAAGAAAAUGUCAUGUCAGGUCGGUGACUCAAUAUGAGAAAAAGGAAACAAAACUUUUUUUGUGACAUGCAAGGAAAAAAGUGUGACAAGACUGCAUUUGUACUGCUGGCGGCCAAUAACUUCUUAAAAACCGAGACUGAUUUGUUUCGUCAGCUGGCCUGUUUCUUCUCUUUUUUUUUUUUUUUUUGUUUUUGUUUCUCUCCUUCCGUGUCUACGCACCCAUUCACAGUUGAUGUCUCUCUUGUCUCCCUUAGUUCUGUCGCCACCAGCAUGACUAUUGAGUUAUCUGUAAGAAGUCUUAUUGAAACAGAAUACACAAGAAGUUACAUUUUUGUUAUAAUAAAUCUAAAAUUUCCAAAUAAUAA